CUUCAGGGUUCAGAUUUCUUCCAACACGGGUCUUUUUUCUUUUCUUUUUUACCCCCUCAAACCUUAAUAAAACCGCUCUCCUGUCUUUCCACCAUAAUACCUCUUUCAGCUAGCUGGGUUUGGUCCCCAUAGUUGUGACUGUGCGAACUCACCUAGGUGAGUUCUUCAUCAUCGUCAUCAUCCCUUCAUCCCAUACCCAUUUCCUUGUUUCCAUUUAAAGCUCGUCUUUACUUUUGUGUGACCCUCUUUAUUACAUUUACUUGUACUCAUAUAUACCCACUUUAUCCAUCUCAAUUACCCAUAUAUGGCUGACGACAUUCUCAACCAAACAGGCUUCUGGCUUCCACCGGAUAUCCUCUCCGAUGAUGACGAUUCAAAAACUCUGUUUCUUAACACCAGAAUUCCUUUUGAUUACAGACCACAGGUGAUGAAAACCGUAGGCUUGUCAUGCAGUCAAUUCCCCCCUCGUGCUGCUUCCCAGAAACCACCGAUGUUGCCCGUUUCGACUCAUUUCAGAAGCAUGCAGCCCAGCUAUGUAAGUUCAAAUGCUACCUUUCGAGCCCCAUUUACUCGGAACAAUCCGCUGCCGCCUCCAUCUCCUCGUACCACUCCGCUGCCGCCUCCAUCUCCUCGUACCACUCCUCUGCUGCCUCCAUCUCCUCGUACCACUCCUCUGCCGCCUCCAUCUCCUCGGACCACUCUUCUGCCGCCUCCAUCUCCUCGGACCACUCCUCUGCCGCCUCCAUCUCCUCGUACCACUCCGCUGCCGCCUCCAUCUCCUCGUACCACUCCGCUGCCGCCUCCAUCUCCUCGUACCACUCCGCUGCCGCCUCCAUCUCCUCGGACCACUCCGCUGCCGCCUCCAUCUCCUCGUACCACUCCUCUGCCGCCUCCAUCUCCUCGUACCUCUCCUCUGCCGCCUCCAUCUCCUCGGACCUCUCCUCUGCCGCCUCCAUCUCCUCGUACCUCUCCUCUGCCGCCUCCAUCUCCUCGGACCACUCCUCUGCCGCCUCCAUCUCCUCGGACCACUCCUCUGCCGCCUCCAUCUCCUCGGACCACUCUGCUGCCGCCUCCAUCUCCUCGGACCACUCUGCUGCCGCCUCCAUCUCCUCGGACCACUCUGCUGCCGCCUCCAUCUCCUCGGACCACUCUGCUGCCGCCUCCAUCUCCUCGGACCACUCUGCUGCCGCCCCCAUCUCCUCGGACCACUCUGCUGCCGCCUCCAUCUCCUCGGACCUCUCUGCUGCCGCCUCCAUCUCCUCGGACCACUCUGCUGCCGCCUCCAUCUCCUCGGACCACUCUGCUGCCGCCUCCAUCUCCUCGGACCACUCUGCUGCCGCCUCCAUCUCCUCGGACCACUCUGCUGCCGCCUCCAUCUCCUCGGACCACUCUGCUGCCGCCUCCAUCUCCUCGGAUCACUCUGCUGCCGCCUCCAUCUCCUCGGAUCACUCUGCUGCCGCCUCCAUCUCCUUGGACCACUCUGCUGCCGCCUCCAUCUCCUUGGACCACUCCGCUGCCGCUUCCAUCUCUUCGGACCACUCCUCUGCCGCCUCCAUCUGCGGUCAAUCAUUCGCUUAGGGGUCUCUGCUCUAACAAUUAUAAAGGUCAGCUAAAACAUCACUCUUCUCCCACACAGGGAAGACCCUAUAGCUCCAUGACGGCGGCAGCAGGCAGGAGGUGUGGCCCGAUCUCUGCAUGGCACCCAAAUCUGUUUCUGCAGGGAGGCGUUUUAGGCAUGGGAGGAUCCGAGAUGAAAAAGGAAUAUGCCGGUACCGGCGUGUUCUGGCCCCGGCACCGUCUUCCGGAUUCUGCUUGGAAAAAGCCAAAUGACAUGGGAAGAAGGAAGGUGCAGCAGCAUUUGAUGCAUGAAAAAAAAAAUAAAAAAAAAAAGAUAGCAAGUUUGCAGCUGGGAGAGGGAGGAGAAGUGCCAAUAACUCAUGAAUCCUUCCUUCCCCAUGAAUGGACUUACUAACUCUAUUCUCUCUGUUUUGAUGUACAGGUGUUUGUUGUUCUUGUUCUACUUCUAAGUUGUUUCCUUUUAGUUUCAAUAAAUGAAUGAAAAGUUGUGGGUUGAUUAGA